UGUACGGCGCGAGGCGACUGCGGCCUAGUCGGCCAUGCUGCAGCUGCGGGACUCGGCGGAGGGCUCCGCGGAGGCGGCGUUGCUGGUCCCCGCGGGGGCCGAGGCGGAGGUGCCCUUCACGCCUCCGGGGGAGCUGCCGGCCUCGCCUUCCUCCUCCUCGGUGCUGCUCUCUCCGCGGCAGACGCUGCGGCCCCUCUCCGUCCGAAACCCCACCCGAAGCGGGCGCCUGAAGGAGUACUUCGUCUUCAGGCCAGGGACGAUAGAACAGGCUGUGAACGAGAUCCGCGUGGUUGUGAUGCCCACCGAAGACGGAGAGGUGCAAAGCGUUUGGCUGCUGACUGAGAUUGACCACUGGAACAACGAGAAAGAGCGCUUGGUCCUUAUUACCGAUUGGUCCCUAUUGAUCUGCAAAUAUGACUUCAUCAGCCUUCAGUGUCAACAAGUGACCAGAAUAUCGCUCAAUGCUGUCGACACCAUUUCAGUUGGAGAGUUUGAGUUCCCUCCCAAGUCACUGAACAAGAGAGAAGGCACCGGAAUUAGAAUCCAGUGGGACAAGCAAAGCCGUGCCUCCUUCAUAAACAGAUGGAACCCGUGGUCCGCAAAUGUGCCAUAUGCAACCUUCACAGAACAUCCAAUGGCUAAUGCUGAUGAGAAGAUUGCGUCUCUUUGCCAAUUGGAGAACUUCAAGACCCAGCUGAUCCAAGCGGUGAAGAAGGCCCACAAGGACUGCCCUCUGCCUGGGAGGGCAAACGGAGUCCUCCUCCUGGAGCGCCCGCUCCUCAUCGAAACCUACCUGGGAUUGAUGUCUUUCAUCAACAACGAGGCCAAGCUGGGCUACUCCAUGACAAGAGGCAAAAUUGGGUUUUAAAAGCAGCCGUUACACCGAGGAAAAAGUGGAGGAGCGGACAUUGUCUAGCAAACCCCUGGAAGAAGGCAGCAAGGGAGAGAUGCAUGUAGAGGGCUUUUCCAUUUGUUUUAUAUAUAUAGCUGUAAUAAAAAUAAUUUUUGAUUCUUUUGGUCAGCUAAGGUAAUACGUUCGAUUGGGGUAGAAAAGUUUGAAUCAAUAGGGAAAAUAAUAUAGAAACAAAAUAUUAUCUUUCUUCGAUGGAGGAAAGCCUUGCCUGCAGAUGCAUUAGAGCAGUUGGCGGUUCCAUUUGUUCCUCCUCUUCCACUUUCUCUCCCUCUUUCAGGAUGUUGAGGCCCUUGGCUCAUAGCCCUCUGAUGCACCCCUCUGAAAAGCAGCCUUGUCUGCUGUGGGUCUGGUAGGAUUUCUUCAUGAAGGGAAUAUAGGGAUGGCCGACUUGUUGUCCUCUGGCAGUAGCAACACUCCAAAUGUUUAUAGUGUUUUCUGCACUGCUGCUUGUUGGGUAGAGAAGUGGCUGCCUUGUCCUCUUGCGUCUCUGCCUGAGGCUGCAGAUGUUCAGCUAGCCUUCUUUGCGCUGCUCCUGGGCAGGAAGAUAGCUGCCUCGUCCUCUGUCGGCUGAGGAGGGCAGCCAGAGACCCCUGAGACGCGAAAAAUGGGGGCGCCCUCACCUCUUGAGCCCAACAGGACCACCUCAGGUGCGUCUUGCACACAGUCGCAACCGACUGAGUAGGCAGGCGCAUGCCCCUGCCUUCACAGGGUCCUGUGCCAACUUUUUAGUUUCACUAACAGAUGCUUGUCUUUUAUGGGUCAACCCAAGAUGGCCAGAAAGAGUAAUUACAACCCCGAGUUAAAACUUGCUCUAUAUUGACUUGCUGUUAUGAGCCCAUGAGAAAUACAGCUAUCCUGUCAUAUCCUAGCUCACAUUUUCUCUGUAUGCGAGCGUCUCCGUAAAAUUUCAGAGUGUAUUGAUGUUUUUCCCUCUUAAGGAAACAUACGGUUAUUGCAGACUUAUAUUCUUUUUAACAUAUGCUCCAAAGUUUCAUUAUGCCUGGAUAUACACUUUAUCCCUCUGAUGUGACUGAGGGAAAGUCUGUCCAUUUUGGCAGGUCGUGAGCUGUUUUGCAAAUGUGACUUACUUUGAUUCUAUAGCAGAGUUCUUUUCUGUACUUGCUUAGAAAAUACACAUUGAAAUGAGGCUGAGUGAUGAUAUAUGCCUUUAUAUGAUAUAUGCAGUACAUACGUCUAACAAUGGCUUAUGGCAGUAGAGCAUCACGAAAGCCUCACUGUGAACACAUAUGCAACAGUGUGUUGUUUUCGUAUACAAUUUUGCCGUGUGGGAUUAAGUUUUUCUAUUGAUAGAAAAGGGAUUUUUUUGAUUAGCUUUAUACUUUUUUAAUUGAAUCUGAAUUAACGCCACCAAAGUAUCAUAGACCGCAAGGAGAAAGACUGUAGUCAGUUUAUUGUCCCUUAAACUUGCAUAAGCUCCCUUCUCAGAGUAUAUGAGAAGAGUGACAUUGCGCUAUCGCAUGAAGGCCUUACAGCUGGGAUCCCCUCCGUCACAUGGCAUGUAUGUAAAAGUGCUUCAGCAGUUACUUAUGCGCAUCCUCCAAAAGUUACCCCAAGAAGCUCAGAAACUGUUCUGGAUAGUUUGCCAUUAGAGAAACUGAGCUAUUGCCAUAAAGAGGGGGAACGCGCCCAAUCCAUUUUCCUGGUGUCCAUGCAUGCGUACUUUCUGCGGAUCCCACUAAAUAUCUCCUCUUUAUGAAGCCAAACUUUCUAUAGAUUUCUUGCCAAGCUGCUAUUCCUUGCAGGUUUCUUGUGACACGAAAUAGCGAUAACCUACAUUUUAUAGUGUGUACUCUUCUCAAAGUUGUUCUCUCUCUGAGACUUUGUGUAAAAUUGAUAUGGUGCUGUAAUGCAACUGAUAGCAUGCCUGGGUUGGGGCUUUUUGAAGCUCUAUAUUUAUGCUUAAUAAACAUGGUUAAAUGUCAA